AGAGCGGCGUGGAUUUGGAUCAGUUUAUGACAUGCUGGUGGAGGUGGCUAUCUAGUUUGCAGUUACGGAGAUAUAUGUGAAAGUUGCUCGCGUCCUGCGUUUAUAUGAGCGGGAAUACGGCCGCGCGUAUGAAGUCGGCGCGCUGAACUACUUUGUGUCUGAAUCUGCCAGUUUGUACGAAGUUCGUCAAGGCGAGAAUCCGCAGCUUUCUCCUCACUUUCCAGCUCCCCCUGCUGUCCAGAGAUCACUUGUUGGAGCCGGCCGGGGAGUCAGCAUGUCCUCUACAGUCUCGCUGCUGUUCUGCUGCCUAUUCCUGCAGCUCUGCCCGUCUGCCCAGCAGUACCACGGGGAGAAGGGCAUCUCGGUGCCUGACCAUGGCUUCUGCCAGCCCAUCUCCAUCCCUCUGUGCACAGACAUCGCCUACAACCAGACCAUCAUGCCCAAUCUGCUCGGACACACCAACCAGGAGGACGCGGGGCUGGAGGUGCAUCAGUUCUAUCCGCUGGUGAAGGUUCAGUGUUCCCCGGAGCUGCGCUUCUUCCUGUGCUCCAUGUACGCGCCGGUUUGCACCGUGUUGGAACAGGCCAUCCCCCCGUGCCGGUCGCUGUGCGAGAGAGCCAGGCAGGGCUGCGAGGCGCUCAUGAACAAGUUCGGCUUCCAGUGGCCCGAGCGGCUGCGCUGUGAGAAUUUCCCGGUACACGGGGCGGGGGAGAUCUGCGUGGGACAGAACACUUCGGAUAACAGCCCGUCCGGCCCCACCGCUCGGCCCAGCCCUUACCUGCCGGACAGUAUCACCUUCCAGCCGCACCCCCACCGGGACUUUACGUGCCCGCGUCAGCUCAAAGUGCCCCCCUACCUGGCCUACCGCUUCCUGGGAGAGAAGGACUGUGGCGCUCCCUGUGAGCCGGGCAAAGCCAACGGGCUGAUGUACUUUAAGGAGGAGGAGGUGCGCUUCGCCCGGCUCUGGGUGGGUAUCUGGGCGAUCCUGUGCUGCAUCUCCACGCUCUUCACUGUACUCACUUACCUGGUGGACAUGCGGCGCUUCAGUUACCCCGAGCGGCCCAUCAUCUUCCUGUCCGGCUGUUACUUCAUGGUGGCCGUGGCUUACACUGCGGGCUUCCUGCUGGAGGAGCGGGCGGUGUGCGUGGAGCGCUUCUCGGAGGACAGUUACCGGACAGUGGCGCAGGGCACCAAGAAGGAGGGCUGUACCAUUCUCUUCAUGAUCCUCUACUUCUUCGGCAUGGCCAGUUCCAUCUGGUGGGUGAUCCUGUCCCUCACCUGGUUCCUGUCGGCGGGAAUGAAGUGGGGACACGAGGCUAUCGAGGCAAACUCUCAGUACUUCCACUUGGCGGCCUGGGCAGUGCCCGCGGUAAAGACCAUCACUAUUCUGGCCAUGGGGCAAGUGGACGGGGACGUGCUGAGCGGGGUGUGUUACGUGGGCAUCAACAGCGUGGACUCUCUGCGGGGCUUCGUGCUGGCCCCCCUGUUCGUGUACCUGUUCAUCGGCACGUCCUUCCUGCUGGCCGGCUUCGUGUCGCUGUUCCGCAUCAGGACCAUCAUGAAACACGACGGCACCAAGACGGAGAAGCUGGAGAAGCUGAUGGUGCGCAUCGGGGUGUUCAGUGUGAUGUACACGGUGCCGGCCACCAUCGUGCUGGCGUGUUACUUCUACGAGCAGGCCUUCAGGGACACCUGGGAAAAGACCUGGCUGGUUCAGACGUGUAAAGGCUACGCCGUGCCCUGUCCCAACUACAACUUUGCCCCCAUGAGCCCGGACUUCACGGUGUUUAUGAUCAAGUACUUAAUGACCAUGAUCGUGGGCAUCACCUCCAGCUUUUGGAUCUGGUCGGGCAAAACCCUACAGUCCUGGCGCAGGUUCUACCACAGACUGAGCAAUGGCAGCAAAGGGGAGACUGCGGUGUGAACGUGGGGCAACACCUACUGGACUUAAAGGGACUUUUCAUUUUACUGCUACUCACGUUUGGCUGGGGACAUUCAUGGAAAGCCCUCUCAAUGCACAUUAUUUCUAGCCAUCAAACUAUUCUUCCAAAUGAAGUGCUUGGGCUGACCCAGUCUGGACUAUAGGGUUACGAGCUGCAAGUGGGUUGGAUUUGAUGGGGAGGGUGUUCUGCAGACUUGGCAUCAUUUAAAGCAAAUGUUUUUUUUUUCCUUUGUAUCCUGUAGCACUACAGCUGCUAAACUACAACUCCCAGGAUGUUGCUCAACAAGUGCAGGGUUCACGUUGCUCAGCUGAUCGUUGUUGGUUAGUUAGUUAAGUGGGGCCGGUUUUACACAGAUACAGUAGCAGGGAAGAGAGGACUAAAGAAGAAAUGUGGCUUAAUAUGUAACUUUGGCAUCUGUUAUUCAUUGCCCCGCUUGCAUUAUGUCUCACAGCAGGAGAUAAAGGAACACUAAUCCCAAAAGCCGAUAACAUUGCGAGCAAGCUCACAAAUGUGUGUAUACAUGUAAAUGUCUUCAUACAAUGGCAGAUAGCAUGGUAUCUCACAACGCAAGCACAUGAACUCUUUGUCUCCCUGCAAUGUAUUAUUCUGUUAUCCCUUUAUUUGCUUUUUAGACUUUUCAUACAGGAAGUCUGAUAAGGGCAACAAAUACUUCCCUCCAUGAUCACAUCUGCCUUCUAAUGCAUUUUCUUCCAGCUCAGGUUUCUGUGAGUGUAUAUGCACAUUUGUGUUUGCUACAGCUCUCUCACUGACUUGUAUUUAGCGCUCUCAGCCCUUUGUUUGGCUUGCAGUGACUAUCACAUUGCCUGAGAAAUGGAUUGAUAUUAGCAGUGAUAGGGGUGCCACAUGGAAUAGAUAUCAGCCAGUAACAUUCCUGCAUCUGUCAUUUGCUCAGCUGCUAGGCUUAGGGAUGUUUCGUGUUUACCUAACAGAUCAAGGCUUGUGGAUGGUAAAUACUUUGUGUCCCUUAAGCACCCAGCAGGCAGUUAAUUAAAGUUCCUCUGAAUAGGGCUUCACCUAACCAACAGCUGGGCAAAUAAUGCCUUUUGCUUGAGACUGGCCCCCACUGUUAUGUCAACAAGGCAUCAUUCAUACAAUAUAUUUUAAUUCCGUAUCUCCCAAGUGUUAAUGCAGACAAACUUUCCCCUAUACAUUUUAUUUUUGGAGUAUUUGCACUGCAGUGGGUAUGACCUUGCUGGGAAACUGUGUUAUGCCCAAGCCCCCCCCCCUUCCUUCCCCUUUUUCUCCAUUCCAAAUUUUUUUUUUAACAUUAGCAUUAUUGAUCAGCUAUUCUUUGUGGAAUUAAGGUGUUGACACUUGUUAACUGGGUCCAGCAGUGAAGAGGUUUUAGCCUUCCUUUAUAAGAAAUAUUUCUCAGAUACUGUAUUUAAUCAAUUUGUGCCUGUAUAGCCAGCGGCUUGUUGGUCCGUGCCUGCAAAUGUAUCCUAUAAUGCAGUGUUGGAAAAUUCUUUUGGUAUGAAAGAUAGCAGAUUUCAUUCAGUUUUCAAUUUCAUGUUUAUUCUCACAUUAAAUGCAUAAUACCGAGUUGAUCUGCUAAAUAAAACCUCAUGCCUUCCCCCAAUUGUGUUGUAUAAUAUUAGGAGGUUGAUAUGCAUAGCCAUUUCUUUGGCAGAUCAACUCCAUCUGAACAAUUGCUAUAGUGAAGGGAAUUUUGGCAUACAAGUUGCUUUUUUUUUUUUUUUUUUAAAUGAGCCCUAAUAUGUUGUCUGCACAACCCAUCAAGUGCGUUUUUUCUGAAGGCUUUCUUUUUGUGAUGGGGAAAGUGACCACAAAAAACUUCCAGGGAUCUUGGCAAUUGCUGCAUAAAAUGUAUUUUUUAAAGUCAGAUACUAUGUAUGAAAUUAAAGAUUAUUUUAAUAAAAUUUUUGUGCAUGUCAUCAUACAGCAAAUGAAGACUACAUUGUUUAUAUAUUUUUUGUAUAUAACUGUACUAUUUUGUACGAAGAUAUAUAUAUGUAUUUAUGUUUCUACUUUUUGACAAAUGAAAAGACAGCCUCACUUUAUCUUGUGUACAGAUCACUCAAUAAAGCCUUCUUUUUAGGUAA